AUGGACGGACCCUCCUCCCCCCACAACGGCUCCGCGUCCCCUUCGGAGGGGUCGGGGGGAACCGCAGGGGGGUCUGGGGCCCCCUCCGGGCCCGGGGAGACGCUGAUCACGGAAGGCAAGGCCACCAUCGUGUUCCCGAGUGCCAACGAGGUGUUUUACAACCCCGUGCAGGGCUUCAACCGCGACCUCACCUGUGCCGUCCUGACGGAGUUCGCGCGGCUGUGGCUGCGCCCGAAGGGCAUCCAGGUCAUCCUCCCGGGGGAGGAAGAGGAGGUGGUGGGGGGGAGCCCCCCUAAACCCCCCGAGGCUGGGGAACUCCCCAGUCCCCCCCACGAGGGUGGAGACCCCUCGAGAGCCCUUGAAACCCCCCGGAUGGCACGGCCGGGAGAGGCCUGUGAGGGUGGGCUGCGGGUGCUGGAGGCCCUGGCAGCCUCGGGGCUCCGCUCCAUCCGCUUUGCCCAGGAGGUGCCCGGGCUCAGGGCCGUCGUGGCCUGUGACCGCUCGGCCGCCGCCGUCACAGCCAUGGCCCGGAACGUGGCCCUCAAUAGCGUUGGGGGGCUCGUCACCCCCCACCUGGGGGACGCCAGGAUGUUGAUGUACCAGAGCAAGGCCGACCGGGAGCCCUUUGAUGUGAUUGACCUGGACCCCUAUGGGAGCCCCUCCCCCUUCCUGGACGCGGCCGUUCAGGCCGUGAGCGAGGGGGGGCUGCUGUGUGUGACCUGCACCGACAUGGGGGUGAUGGCUGGGAACAGCCCUGAGACCUGUUACAGCAAAUAUGGGGCUGUGUCCCUCAAGGGCAAGUUCUGCCACGAGAUGGCCCUGCGGAUUGUCCUGCACAGCCUCGAUCUCCGGGCCAACUGUUACCAGCGCUUCGUGGUGCCGCUGCUCUCGCUCAGCGCUGACUUCUAUGUCAGGGUGUUCGUGAGGGUCUUCACUGGCCAGGCCAAGGUCAAGGCCUCAGCCAGCAAACAGGCGCUGGUGUUUCACUGCGUGGGCUGUGGCUCCCACCACCUGCAGCGCCUGGGAAGGGCCACGACCCAUGGCAAUAGUUUGAAGUUCGGGGCGGCCUCGGGGCCACCCGUCGGUCCCACCUGCGAGUUCUGCCACCACCGGCACCAGCUGGGGGGUCCCGUGUGGGCGGAGCCCCUGCACGACCCCGAGUUCGUGGGGGGGGUCCUGGAGGCCCUGGAGAGGAGCCCUGGGCGCUUCGCGACGGAGCCACGGCUCAAGGGGGUCCUGAGUGUCAUCUCUGAGGAGCUGGGGCAUGUCCCCCUUUAUUACACCCUGGACGGGCUGAGCAGCACCAUCCGCAGCAACACCCCCUCCCUGCUGCAACUCAGGUCCGCCCUCCUUCACGCCGGGUUCCAGGUGUCUCUGUCCCAUGCCUGUAAAAACGCCGUGAAAACCGACGCCCCUCCUGCAGUGCUCUGGGACAUCAUGCGCUGCUGGGCAAAGCUGCACCCGGUGAAACUGGAGCGGCUCCCGGACACGAGCCCAGCUGCCCGAAUCCUCUCCGUGGAGCCCACGCUCCAGGCUUCCUUCGCCCUCCGGGAUGAUGCCAAUCCCAGCUCCCGGAAACGCGGCUUGAAGAGGUUCCCUGAAAACCCUGAAGCCUUUUGGGGUCCCAAGGCCAGAGCCAAGGCAGGGGGGGGCAUUUCCCCCUCCCUGCAGGAGAAGCGGAAGCGGCUCCAGAACAAGCGGACGGAGCGUCCAGAUGGGGCUGAGCUCAAACAGUUCCCCUGCAAACGGUUCAAGGAGGGCACUUGUUCCCGGGGUGACCAGUGCUGUUACUCCCAUGAGGAGGGACCCCAAGCCGUCCCCCAGACACCCCUCAGCCCUGACCCCCAUUAAACAGUGUUUGAUAA